GUCCCUUUCCCACUGGUGGCUCUGAGUUCCCUUAACAUUCAUUUCCGUUACCGAAGUGUGAGCGAUAAUAUUGGUUCAGCUUCCAAUCUUCUUGUGCUGAGUUUCUUCUUGCUAGAGAUCAAAAUCAAGAGAGUAUGGCAGAUGCACUUCUUUCUGGGCUUGUGAGUACCAUCUUGGGAAACUUGAAUUCUUCACUACUGCAAGAAUUUCGAAUAUCUUGGGGACUAAAGGAUGAGAUUCGGCGUCUUGAGAGUACUUUUACUACAAUUCAAGCUGUGCUUCACGAUGCGGAGGCCAGGCAAACAAAGGAAGAGGCUCUGCAGAAUUGGCUGAGAAAGCUCAAAGAUGCAGCUUAUGAUGUCGACAAUAUAUUGGAUGAUUUUGCGACCGAAGCUCUCAUACAAAAGGAAGACCGUCAAAGAGGUGUGAUAAACCAAGUAAGUGCCUUCUUCACGCCUCGAAAUCCUUUCGUAUUUCGCUUAAGAAUGGCUCAUAAGGUGAAAGAUAUAAGGGAGAGAUUAGAUGCCAUUGCAGGGGAGAGAUUUAAGUUCCACUUGAAAGAGGGUGCUAUUGAUUCACAAGUUUACGACUUGGAGGGAAGACAAACUAGCUCACUUGUGGUUGAGUCGGAUAUUUAUGGUAGAAAUGAUGAUAAAGAAAUGAUAAUUAAAGUGUUGCUUGACAAUUCGAGCCAUCAGAAUGAUCUCUCGGUCUAUACUAUAUGGGGUAUGGGAGGGCUCGGCAAGACCACACUUGCUCAAUUGGUUUACAAUGAUCCAAGGGUACGGAAGCACUUUGAAUUGCUUAUUUGGGUGUGUGUAUCUGAGGAUUUCAAAAUACGACGGCUGACCAAGGCUAUCAUUGAGUCGAUAGAAGGUGUAGAGUGCAAUAUAUCAGAGUUGGAUCCACUGCAGAAACGCCUCCAAGAAAAAUUGAGUGGGAGGAGAUUUUUACUUGUGUUGGAUGAUGUGUGGAAUGAAGAAAAUGAGAAGUGGGAUAGACUAAAAGAUGUAUUGAGAUGUGGAGCAAAAGGAAGUAUGCUUAUAGUAACCACCAGGAUUGAGAAAAUUGCUCUCAUGAUGGCUACUCUUCCAAUAUUUAACCUGGGAUGGUUGUCGGAGGAUGAUUCUUGGAUUUUAUUCAAGCACCGUGCAUUCGGGAUUGGAAGGAGGGAGGAAUCCGAGGAAAACAUAGAGUUGGAAACGAUUGGCAAGGCAAUAGCGAAGAAAUGUGGCGGGGUGCCCUUGGCAAUAAAGGCUCUUGGAAGCUUGUUGCGGUUUAAAAACAACGUAAGUGAAUGGUUAUCUGUGAAAGAAAGUGCAACUUGGGGAUUAGCAGAUGAUGAAAAUGCCAUCGCACCAGUCCUAAGGCUAAGUUAUGACAAUAUAUCUCCAUCUUUGAGGCAAUGUUUUGCUUAUUGUUCAAUAUUUCCCAAAGACUAUGCAAUGGAGGUGGACAUGCUGAUAGAGCUUUGGAUUGCAAACGGCUUCAUUCACUCUAAAGGAGAAACAGAUCUGUAUCGUAUGGGCCGUGGGAUCUUCAAUAAUUUGGAUGUCAACGAGGGCUACAUGGGUCGCUUGACAUGUAAAAUGCACGAUCUGAUGCAUGAUCUUGCAAUGUCUAUUAUGAUACAAGAGUGCUAUAUAAUAGAGCCUUGGAAGGAGCUGAAAAUUCCAGAAAAAGAGGAUUACAAGGGUGACUUGACAUGUAAAAUGCAUGAUCUGAUGCAUGAUCUUGCAGUGUCUAUUAUGAUACAAGAAUGCUACAUAAUAGAGCCUCGAAAGGAACUGAAAAUUCCAGAAAAAGUUCGCCAUUUAUCUUUUAAUCAGAUCUCAAAUUGGAUGCUUCCUCGAUACGAAGUUGUGCUAAAAGUUCAAUCUUUACGCUCCAUUUUACUUCUAUCAUCAGCAAUGAACGAGAAGGAUAUUGCUACCUACAUCUCAAAACAAAGUAAUCUGAGAGUGUUGGGGUUGAAUAACCGUUACUUGAACGAAGUACCAUCUUUAAUUGGGAAUUUGAAACAUCUCAGGUACCUCAACAUGUCGAGCAGUAGCAUCAAUUCCUUACCGGAAUCAAUGACUUGUCUGCAAAAUCUACAGAUAUUGAAGCUGAAAGGUUGCACUGAACUUCGUGAAUUGCCCAAAGGUAUGAAAAAUUUGAGAAAUCUUAGAUGUCUUGACAUUAAUGGAUGUAAUUCUCUUGUUUGUAUGCCUGCUGGACUCGGGCAGUUAAAACACCUACAGACUUUAAGCAUCUUUAUUGUGGGUUCGGACGGUGGUCAACAAAUAGGCGAGCUGGAAGAAUUAAAUCUUAGUGGUGAGUUGACCAUCAAGGGACUCCAUAAUGUAAGAGAUUCAGAGGACGCAAGAAGUGCCAACUUAAAGAGGAAGCAGGAUCUUUGUGCUUUGAUAUUGGAUUACGGGGAUAUCAAGACUGACAACUUACUAGAUAAUGAUGAAGAAAUUCUUGAUGGCGAGCUGAAAGAAUUAAAUCUUAGUGGUGAGUUGACCAUCAAGGGACUCCAUAAUGUAAGAGAUUCAGAGGACGCAAGAAGUGCCAACUUAAAGAGGAAGCAGGAUCUUUGUGCUUUGAUAUUGGAUUACGGGGAUAUCAAGACUGACAACUUACUAGAUAAUGAUGAAGAAAUUCUUGAUGGUCUCCAACCUCAUCCAAAUCUAAAGAAGUUGAGCAUAUGGUCGUAUCAAGGCUUGAAGUUUCCUAAUUGGAUGCUAGAUUUGGAUCUUCAAAAUCUGAUUGAAAUCUCUCUAGUUGGAUGUAAGAGAUGUGAACAUCUUCCACCUCUCGGGAAACUACCCUCCCUCAAGGUUCUUUUUAUUGGUGCAAUGGAUGCUUUUAAGUGUUUCAACAAUGACUGCUAUGGAGAUGGGGAACAAUCAUUUCCAGCACUGGAAAAGCUCAGUUUCAGUGCAAUGCAUAGUUUGGAGGAAUGGACAACAGUUGAUAGAGGAGAAAAUUUUCCCCGUUUGCGGGAAUUAUACAUCCGUCAAUGUCCCAGGUUGACUGAAUUUCCUUGUCUUCCAUCACUUGGGAGAUUAAGCAUAGAAAACAGCAAUGAGAUGCUAUUAAGGUCGGUGAUGGAUCUCACUUCACUUUCCUGGCUUGAAAUAUCUAGGUUUGAUGGGUUGGAGUUUCUUCCGGAUGGACUGCUUCAAAAUCACAAGGUUCUUGAGUUCCUAUGGAUUAGUGGACUACGCAAUCUCAAGACUGUGUCACAUCAGCUGGAUAAUCUUUCUGCUCUGAAAGAGUUGACAAUUAAUUGUUGUAAUUCUCUCGAGUAUUUACCAGAUGGACUCAAAAACCUCAGAUCCCUUGAGAGACUCGAGUUACGGGAUUGUGACAGCCUUACAUCCUUACCGGCGACAGGGUUACAAGGCUUGUCUUCCCUGAGAUCAUUGAGCAUACAGCACUGUAAGAAACUAAGUUGUUUAUCUGAAGGAGUAAAACACCUGACUGCUCUCCAGAAUUUGGUCAUAAUUAGUUGUCCAGAGAUGACGUCUUUGCCCGAAGACAUGCAACAUUUAAAUGCUCUCCGAGAGCUGAUGGUAUGGUCUUGUAAUGGAUUAGUUUCUCUACCGAAUUGGCUAGGAAGCCUCAUGUCGCUGUCAACAUUGGAAAUUGGCAAUUGGCCCAACUUGAUCUCCUUGCCAGAUGGGAUGCAGUCACUCAAAACACUGUAUAUUACAGGAUGUCCACAUUUGGAGAGGCGAUGCGAGAAAGAGAAAGGAGAGGACUGGCCAAAGAUAGCUCAUGUUCGUGAGAUUCGGAUCAAUGGUUGGAAAAUACAGUCCUUGAUCCCACGCGAGUAA